AUGUCGCGAUCCUUCCUGACAAGGCUGCUUUUGCGACCAUCUCCCACAUCGACCAACGCUACACCGAACCCAUUGCCAGGCUCUACCCCGAAGACCUCGAGUCACAUUGUGGGGCGCGACUCCAUUACCCCUCCUCUUCUCUCCGCAACCGAUCGAGACGACGACGACGACGACAAGAUGAAUCCGCAGAUGCCAAAUUACAGACAAUUUGCCCAGGCGCAAGGAAGAUCCCCAGCGGCACGUAGGCCAGGUGAGUGCGACUCGAGCACCAGGACAUUUGCAAACCCAUAUAUUGGUGGAGGUCCCAAGAGUCCCUUUAAGCAAAUGGAAAUACAUGACGAGCGACACCUUAAGACGCUCCAACCCAAAUACCAUCGUCUGGUGGACACUGGACAGAUGCCCCUAUCAUCUGCUUCUCUCCUCCAAUGUCAAGAGAUCCUUCACUCACAAGACCUAGGUCAGAUGCCCCCUGUCCAACAUGCUGCUCAGCAAGCGCAAGCUCAGAUGAUGCAACAACAAGCCCAACAGCGCAAUGCCGCGAUCGAACACCAAUUAGCUCAGCGACGUGUGCGAAAACCUACCGAUCGAAAUAUGCCAGACGGGUUGGAAGAGGUGGUGAUUGGGGAUGGCGUCGAGCAAUAUAAGAAACUGCGCGAGGCAGAGAAACGAUUAGACCAUCUCAUGGCGCGGAAGAGGUUGGAAAUCCACGACAACUUCAGCAAAAACGUCAAAAGGCAGAAGACGAUGCGGAUAACGAUAUCCAACACAGUGUCAGGCUUUCCCUGGCAGAUGAACCCGGAUGAUGAAGGCUUCACAUUCGACGUGGGCAGCGAGCCUACCUAUCGAGUCAAGAUACAAGGGAGAUUGCUGGAAUAUGACGACGAUGACAUCUUAAACAGUGACGACGAAGAUCAAGAGAUGGGAGACCAAGACAAACCAGCCAGGGAAAAGAAAAUUAUGGCUCCCUCGAAAAAAUUCACUCACUUCUUCAAGGGGAUGACGGUCGAGUUUGACGAGCCGAAAGGCAGCCUCGGCGAUUCUAAUCAGACGGUAACGUGGAAGAAAGGCCAAAACAGUAAUCAGGCUGGCGACUUUGACACCAUUGAAUUUGAGCGCAAAGCCCAAGAAAAUGUCAACAUUACAAUCUGCCUGACGCGCGACGAACAACCCGAACGAUUUCGCGUCUCCAAGGCUCUGGCUGAAACCCUGGACAUGGAAGAAGCCGACCGUGCCGAAGUCGUCAUGGGCAUUUGGGAGUAUGUGCGCGCCAUGGGGCUGCAAGAAGAUGAAGAACGUCGGAGCAUCCAGUGUGACGAUGCAUUGAAACGCAUCUUCGAUACGGAAACGUUCUUUUUCCCUCAAGCCGCUGAACGCCUCGUCCCCCAUUUACACCCUUUGCCUCCUGUGCGAUUACCAUACACCAUCCGAGUGGAUGAAGAUUUCCAUAAAAACCCUGAACCCACGGUUUAUGAUGUGCAAGUCACAGUUGAAGAUCCUCUCCGGCCCUUGAUCUUCAAGCUCACUCAAAAUCCCGAACACCAGUCUACGCUCCGCUCCAUUGCCAAAUUGGACGACGAACUCGCCAUAGUGGUACAAGCUUUACAUCAUCACAAGGCAAGGCACCAGUUCUUCACGAGCAUGGCCAAAGAUCCGCAGAAGUUCAUCGAGAGGUGGCUAAGCAGUCAGAAGAAGGAUCUCAGUGUGAUACUUGCCGAGCAAGAGCGGGGGGAUGUUGCGGGCAUGGAGUUCUCGAAAGGUGGAGAGGACAGUGUGUGGGGUGGCGAGGUUGUUAGGGAGGCUGUGAGGUAUAGACUCGCCAGAGCAGAAGCCACAGGUCGGUAG